CGAAUCAAAUGAUAUACUAACUAGUCUAUGUCACUUAAUUACUCUAUUAAGUGGUUUGUGAAGUGUUCAGUGUUAUUUAUUAUAUGUUGAAGUACCAGCAAUCCCGCCCUUGGAGCAUGUGGUGGCGACGUCACUCGGGCUGGCGGGCGCGGGCGGCGCUGCUGGUGGCGCUGUCGGCGCUGCUGGCGCUGCGCGUGCGCGUGCCCGGCGCCAGCGAGCUGGCGGCCGAGCUGCGCGCGCCGCCGCACAAGCUCGCCGCGCUCCUCGCCGACUUCAAUAGCCUUCGGUUGCUCUACCCACAUAUCAGUUCAUCCUGGAAGCUAGAAUCCCAAUGGAGCAACUACACGUCGUGGCGCUACUCGCUGUCGUUCUCGUGCGGCGCGCGCUGCGCGGGCGCGGCGCUCGUGCGCGCGCACGACGAGUACGCGGCCGGCCCGGCGCACGGCGCCGCGUCCGCGCACCAGCACAGGGGGGACUUUACCAUACACACAUGCCGCAAGCUGCCGCUCCUCUUCUGGCCUGAUUUCUGUGAGGAGCUGGAAGUGGAGUGGUUCGUGGGCGGCGGGGAGGGCGGGGAGGGCGCGGCGCGGUACGUGGAGCGCGCUCGGAGCCGGCGCGCGCUCGGCGCGGCGCUGCUCGGCUGGCUCGGCGGCGGCGGGCUGGCCACCGCGCGCGCCGACCAUCUGCGCGCGCUGAGGGAAACCUUCCACUGA